AUGGCACCAAAGAGAAAUAGCAAAUAUACGCUUCCUGUUCCACUGCCGGAAGGUAAGAUUCUGGAUGACGUGGAAGGGAAGCAGUGGACGCUGGGAAAGAUGAUUGGCUCUGGAGGAUUUGGAUUGAUAUACUUAGCAUUCCCAGCAAAUAAGACAGCUGACGAUGCAAGACAUGUAAUAAAAGUGGAAUAUCAAGAAAAUGGCCCGUUAUUUUCAGAGCUCAAAUUUUAUCAAAGAGCUGCAAAACAAGACUGUAUCAAGAAGUGGAUCGCGCUCAACCAACUUGAUUAUUUAGGAAUUCCUCAGUUUUACGGAUCUGGUCUGACCACGUUCAAGGGACGAAGUUACAGAUUUAUGGUAAUGGAAAGACUAGGCAUCGAUCUGCAGAAGCUCUUAGGCCUGAACGGCACCUUUACGAAGUCGACGGUCCUGCACUUAGGUGUCCGGAUGUUGGAUGUGCUUGAAUACAUACAUGAAAAUGAAUAUAUUCAUGGUGAUAUAAAAGCAGCAAAUCUACUUUUGGGUUACAAAAAUCCAGAUCAGGUUUACCUUGCUGAUUAUGGACUCUCCUACAGAUAUUGUCCCAACGGGAACCACAAACAGUAUCAGGAAAAUCCUAAGAAGAGCCAUAAUGGGACAAUGGAGUUUACCAGCCUGGAUGCCCACAAAGGAGUUGCCCUGUCCAGACGGAGCGACCUGGAGAUCCUUGGCUACUGCAUGCUGCGGUGGGCCUGCGGGAAGCUGCCCUGGGAAGGCGACCUGGCGGACCCCCUGGCCGUGCAGAGAGCCAAAGCAAACCUGUUGGACGAGCUCCCCGAGUCCGUGCUCAGAUGGGCGCCUUCUAGAAGCAGCUGCUGUGAAAUAGCCCAUUUUUUGGAAUGUGCUUCCAGUUUGGCAUAUAAUGAGAAGCCGGACUACCAGAUGUUCAAGAAGAUUCUGAACUCUGGAGAAACACCAUUAGGACCACUGGCCUUUUCCACGAGCGGACACGGCACGGAGGUGCGCGCUCCACACAAGCAAAAGGUUGAUUUGCGCAAGGCUGCAACAAAAGAAGUCAAUCAGACACUAAAUAGCUUAACAGAGAAAAAGCUUCAUGGGGAAAGGAGUGCAGCUUGGAGAGGAGAGAGAGGAGAGAAGUUGGGUGGAUGGAUUAACAAUGAAACCGCACAGGAUAGUACAAGGAGAAGACAACCAUCGCAUAUGCCUCAAGAAUAUGUAAGCGAAAUACAAAAUUAUCUGCAAAAAUACAGCUGUAUACAAUCCUCAAAUUCAUCUUACAAACGUCAUCAAGAUUUUACCCGCCCAGAUAUAAACAAAUCACGACCUCUAGAUUGGUGGAAGUAUGACACGGACACUGACACUACUGGAGAGGUAGCCAUGGAGGCGGAAGGUUCCCACUUCACUCUCAGCGAAGAGAUGAAGAGAAGUGUGUAUGUUUACGGCUCGCUCAUACUUUUUCUUCUGGUGUUGAUAUUUCUUGCCUUGUAUUUUCUCUGA